AAGAGCACUGGGUGGCACAGGGACCAAAGGACUGAUGCUGUGGGGACACAGCUGGUGUUGUGUGCACAGCAGCCUGGGGAUGGAGCUUGGCCACAGCCUCCCUGUGGGCAGGGGAGUGGGACCAGGCAGGAGGGGGAUCUGGCAGUGCUGGCUCUCCCUUGUGUCAUGCUGGGAUGGAUGACAAGCAGUGCUGUGGAAAUAAAGGAUUCAACAUGUGCUGUGGGGAGCAGCAGUGAGUUUUGCCCUGCAACCCACCUUUCUUGAAGAUUUCGUGUAGUCUUUCUGCACACAGGCCCUGCUUGGCUGGGGAGAGCUGUCAGGGUCAGCAGAAAGUUGCAUCUUGCUUUCGACUUCUGGCGUGGGGUUGUCACUCUAAGGGACAGAUUGCUGUCACCCCCACACCCAGCUUUCCUGGGCGCUUCGCUCACCACAGUGAAAUUACUCGUGUGUGGAGAGGUGGAAACAAAUGCACAUGAAAGCUGAUGAGGAGCUGGGUUUAAAGUAGAAAAUGAAUGAGACCAUUCUUGUCUUUGCAAUGACGAGGCAAUGAUGUAGUGUGGUUUUGCUUUUGUUUGAAAUAUUAAUUGUGUGGAUGAGACAAGUUUUGCAGCUUCUUGUUGAUUGCGGGGGAGCUGAGUGCUUGCUCCCUGCUGCUAUGCAACCUUUAAUCCAGACACAAAGAAGGCAAGUCACGAUGAAUGCAUUUCCCUGGCUCUUCAAAGCAAAAAGCAGCUGGGGCUGGGAAGAAAAAAAUAAAAUAAUGGGGAGCAAUCAGGCAGACCGAUGUAACUGUGUUGUGUUUUAUCUGGAGGAUGUUGCUGUUGGGUACUUCAGAUAAAGUGCAGGCUGUCUUUGGGGAGGGGUAUCCAUGCCUGACCCCUCCCUGGCAGCCCUUCUGCCUCUGUCCUUGCCAACCACCAGCCCCAGGUGCUUGGCAAAACCUCCCAAGUCUCUCCCCUGUCCUUCGGGCACCCAUGACAAAUAGCUUCUAACGCUUUCCUUGUGUAAACUCAUGCUGCCGCUCUUCCCAGUCCCUGCCUCACCGCAUCGCCCUGCCUGUGGCAGAGCCGGUUCAGGCUGUGAUUACGUGGCCUGGCUGUGAGGGAAGAGGCUGGGCAGGAGUGGUGGAUGUACUGCCUUCAGCUCCUGAGCACCCGGCUGCAUCCUGGCUUGCCCGGCCUGGGCUCUCCGCUGCUCUGGAGGCUGGUGUUGUGUAGGACAGACUGGCGCUGCUUUCUGCUGCCGGCGUUGCCUGGUGCCACAGGAAAUAAAGAAGCGUUGUUGCAGCUUGAGUAACUGCUCCUGAGCGACCGGGAUCUGGAGCAAGCAUCCAGAGUUGAGCAAAGUCCCUUGCUCCCUACUUCCCUUCCGGUUGCGAGGCUGGACCAUUCAAGCGAUUGCAGCUUUUGGCUUUUUUUUGCAAGUAACAGCCAGAGACCAUGUCCACUCGGCGCCUGCGCAGCGAGGACUACAACGACUACAGCUCUACGGAUGUCACACCAGAGGGGAGCCCGCCUGGUGGCAUCAACGGCUUUGCCCACCCCGAGUCCUACCAGCGCUUCGGAGAGACCAAUGGGACAACGUGGUACCAGACCCUGAUCCAUCUGCUGAAGGGGAAUGUAGGCACGGGGCUGCUGGGUCUGCCCCUGGCUGUGAAGAACGCCGGCAUCCUGCUGGGUCCUCUGAGCCUGCUGGUGAUGGGAGUCGUGGCUGUGCACUGCAUGGGCAUCCUGGUGAAAUGCGCCCAUCACUUCUGCUACAGGUUCCAGAAGCAGUUUGUGGACUAUGGGGAUGCUGUGAUGUACGGGCUGGAAUCGACUCCCAGUGCGUGUCUGCGGACACAUGCCGUUUGGGGAAGGCGUGUAGUGGCACUUUUCCUGAUCGUCACUCAGUUGGGUUUCUGCUGCGUGUACUUUGUCUUUCUGGCUGACAAUCUGAAACAGGUCGUAUCUGCAGCAAAUGGGACCACCAAUGACUGCAGCUCGAACAGGACGGUGACCAUGACCCCCACCAUGGACUCCCGGCUCUACAUGCUUUCCCUGCUGCCUUUUGUGGUGCUGCUCACAUUCAUCCAGAACCUCAAGGUCCUGUCCAUCUUCUCCAUGCUGGCCAACGUGGCCAUGCUCACCAGUCUUAUCGUGAUCUACCAGUACAUCGUCAGGGACAUUCCCGAUCCCAGUGACCUGCCUCUAGCAGCAGCUUGGAAGACCUACCCUCUCUUUUUUGGCACUGCAAUCUUUGCUUUCGAAGGCAUCGGGGUGGUGUUGCCUCUGGAAAACAAGAUGAAGAACCCCCGGCAGUUCCCAGUCAUCCUCUACGUGGGGAUGACCAUUGUCACCAUCUUGUACAUCAGCUUGGGUGUCCUGGGGUACCUGCGCUUUGGGGCGGACAUUCAGGCCAGCAUAACGCUCAACCUGCCCAACUGCUGGCUGUACCAAGCUGUCAAACUGCUCUUCUCCAUUGGGAUUUUCUUCACAUACGCUGUGCAGUUCUACGUGCCCGCCGAGAUCAUCAUCCCUCCCCUCAUCGCUCGGGUGUCAGAGCGCUGGGGCUGGCUGGUCAACCUGCUCCUCAGGGUGGCCCUGGUCGGCGUGACCUGCGUGCUGGCCAUCCUCAUCCCGCGCCUGGACAUCGUCAUCUCGCUGGUGGGCUCCGUCAGCAGCAGCGCCCUGGCUCUCAUCUUCCCCCCGCUGCUGGAGAUCGCCACCUACUCUGCAGAAGGCCUGCACCCCCUUGUCAUCGUCAAGGACAUCGCCAUCAGCCUCUUCGGCUUCCUGGGUUUCGUGGUGGGGACGUAUGAGGCACUGGUGGAGCUGGCUGCACCUGCCGCCACCAUUGUGAACAGCACCAGUGCCAUAGUGCAGUGAUGGUGCCUGUGCCCCGCUGGCCCCUCUGGGCGCUAUGCUGGGGGCACACGGGCACUGCUGGUCCCCUGGGGACAGUCUCCCCUCUCCCCUUGGGAAAUGCGGUGGGUUUGGUCUGCGAGAGGACGGGGCUGCCCGACGCUGUGGCUGCCCAUCUGCAGCAGGGUCCUGUGCUGGGCUGCGGCUGGGGAGGUGGGAUCUGGGGCAGUGCCUUCCCUGGGGGCUUUUCGGGCAGGUGUUACAGCCAAACAGCACCUGUGUAAAUAGUCACUUUGAGAGUGUACAUCCUGGGGAUGUACAUUUUGAUUUUUUUCUUUUUAAAUCCCAGCCUUUCUGUAUCUCCCUUUUUCCCUUCAGUCAGGGCAGGAAACAGGGACUGCUCUUUUUUGUGCCAGUUUUUUAUUUCCCCCCCCUCAGCACUUUAUUUUUACAGCAACAGAGAAACCUCAGCUCAGGUUGGGGAGCAUGCAGCCGCCUCCUCACCCCAGCCCUGCGGGGAUGGCAGAUGGAGCCUGAGGUAUGGAGCAUCCUGGGACUCUCCUGCGGUGGGAUCCCCGAACAUGGGCAUUGGCUCCUGCCGUGCUCCAGAUCUGUUUCCAGACACCCUGGGAGCUGAGCUGGGCACCAGGCACAGCACCUCCCUGGCCUGGGAGGGUUUCCCGAACUCUGGCCCAUGCUUUCAGUAGUGGCACUUUUUUCCCCAUCCAGCACACACACUUAAUGUCUGGCUUUUGGAAAUGUUAGGAUCUGAUGCACGUGGAGAGCAAAUGGGGUCUGCUGUAAUGAGGGUCCAAGCCGGACACCUUUGGGUGGGAGCGUCUCCCUUCAUGGGAUGGGGAGGUCACCACGUGCUGCCUGCACACCGCAAAAAUGCAUCACUUUGUUUACAGCACCUGAGCUGGCCCGGCACACUCCAGCUGUGUCUGCAGGCCAUUACUGAAUGUCAAAUCACACACAAAACCCCCAUGUGUGGGGUAUUUUUGGUUUUGUUGUUUUUUAACCUUUCUCUCCUCCCUCCCUGGUGGCAUCCUCUGCCUCUGCCCCAGCUCUGCAGCCCCUGGUAGGAGGCAGCUUCUCUCUGUGCUCCUGUUGCUUCUAGCUGUGUGGCUGGUGCAUGCUUGGAUGUGGGACAGUCCCCACCAUGCUGCUGCUUCCCUUCCUCUUGGUGAGCCCAGCUUCCUCUCUGGAGGGUUCCCUUGCAUUUCACAGAAUCACAGAGUGGUUGGGGUUGGAAGGGACGCCUGGAGAACAUCUGGUCCAACCCACCUGCUAAAGCAGGUUCACUAGGGCAGAUCAUACAGGAAUGUGUCCAGGCGGGUUUUGAAUGUCUCCAGAGAAGGAGACUCCACACCCUCUCUGGGCAGCCUGUUCCACGGCUCUGCCAGCAGUUUUUUGUUUGUUUUAAGAGGACAGAUGCAUCCUCCAUGGGAUGCCUUUUCCUAGCAGUGUGAAAGCCACCCCUCUGCAACCCCCGGUCUGGGCUGAACUCCUUCCUGCUCACACAGCAUCUCCCAAACACCGGCAGCAUGGUGGGUCCCUCCAGAGAGCUGUUAUCCCUGCAUCCCACCACAGCCUUUUCUCCAUAGGGGUGGGCAAAGGCUGGUGGUGGUGGGAAAGUAGUGUGAACAUAGCACUGGUGGGCUGUGUUCUGUCUUUGAUGGAGGAUGGGUGAUGCUUGGGGUGUUUGGUGCUUAACCUGCUUCUGGGAGGAGAAACUGUGCAGAGCGGUGUCCGUGCAGCCUGCCUCCUUGAUGGGUGGUGUUUCAGUGUCUUGCACUGUGUCCCUUUUGCUGGCUCUGCUUUGGGUGCCCCAUACUGUUACAUGGACCCAUGGCCAGGUGUGGGGUAGGUCUGUGCCAUGUCACUGCGCCUUUCCAGCCCCUCAUCUGCUUGCUGCAUCUCUGGAGGCUCACCUCAUCUCCUCCAAGUCUGUGCUGGUGAAGGUUUCAUGAGCAGAGCAAAGCUUUAACUCAGAUCAUCCACCUGGAGGACACUGGGGUCUGGGAGGGCACUCCAGGGGAUGCCACGGACGGGAAACGUGCAAUAUUCACAUCCAUCACUGUGUACUGACCCUGGCGUGGCCCUUGCAGUUGGAUUUGACAGCAGAAAUGUCACCCUUAGCAGAAGAGAGCAUGCUGUUAUGAGCAGGGGAUGUCUGGUACAUGCCCCCAGAUCUGUUGGUACCCUCUGAGAAGGCUGGCUGCAUUUUAGGGGACAGCUGUGUGCCAGGGCAUGUCCCCAGCCCAGCACCGGGCAUCAAUGUGUUUGCUGGUUGGGGCUCUUAGCACCCAAACUCACUUUGCAAUCAGUGAAGACCUCAUUUCCAAGGAGACUGGGAUAUCACAGCAGCAUUAAAUGUUUUUUGCAGUUCUUCACUUUUAUUGGGGUGAUCAGGGGGUGUUUAGAGAUGAGGCCAGAUGUGCUGUUGGGGCACACAGCCUGAGGGGCUCUGCUGAGCCAGGAGGACCUGACACAGGACCCAACAGACUUGAAAACUUGACACUUCUGUACCGUAGGCUGCUCUGUAACCACGGAAAUUAUGUAAAUAUAGAAAUUAUUAAUGUAUAUGUUUCGUGCCUAUGGAUAUUGUCAGUGAACAGUGUGGGUAGCUGCCCAGUGGAAGAGCUGGCGCUGCACCUCAAUUACAUUAUCUUACUUUAAUCAAUAAAUAUAAUCUAUUUUUUACGUGAAAA